GAGGGACUUUUAAUUUUACAAAAUUAAUGCCAAAUUCUUCCAUCUAAGCAUGGGAUAGGAAAUUUUUUCCCUUCAAAAUUUUUUGAUACGAAAUAAUGGCCGAUAUAUCUAUUUCUAACUAUGGAGAAAACGAAUCGUUAGAUUCCCAUACGUUGCGUCAAAAUACAUCUGGAAAUUCUGAAAGAAACAUCUUGCUGAAGGAUAGAUACAUUCUCUCUACAAAUGGCUAUUACAUUGGAAGGAAAAUAGAUUCUGGAACAUUUGCCACGGUUCGGUUUGCCGAAAAAACAUCUAAAAAUGGGACAGUACCACUUGCUGUUAAGAUAAUAAACAAAGCUAAAGCAUCGCCGUUAUUUACUGAAAAGUUCUUGAAACGUGAAUUGGACAUAUGGCCGAGGCUACGUCAUCGCCAUAUUAUUCAAGUGAUUCAAAUGUUUAAAAUUCAGAGUCGCAUUUAUGUGUUCAUGGAACUCGCACAUGGAGGAUCAGUAAUCGAGUAUGUGCAAAGGCAUGGGGCCGUAGACGAAGACAGAGGUCGAAACUGGUGUAAGAAAAUGUGCCAAGCUCUGCGUUACUGCCACAAAAAGGGUAUUGCCCACAGAGAUUUGAAAUGCGACAACUUACUCUUAGAUAAAGAUUUACAAGUAAAAAUUGGUGAUUUUGGAUUUUGUUGUAGGUGUCUUGACCCUCAAACUGGUGUACUUUCAUACAGUGAUACGUACUGUGGAAG